GUUGUGUUAUUUACGGUAGAUGACGUCAUAUUUGUGAGACGUGUUGACGUUACGUGUGUUUCUGAGCAGCAGCCGCUCCAGUGUAUCUGCUGGAGCUGGUGAGGAAUUUGACAGAGUGGACUUCUUUAUAACGCAGUCAGCUGGUCACAAAGGUGGGGGAUGUCUGCUGCGGCUCUGCGUCUGAUCCACUGCAGGAGACUGAGCACAGCUGGGUCUCCUGGAGUGAAAAAAGCGCUUCAGUGGAAACAUUUAAAAAAGGUUGCUAAAGUUACUGGCGCAGUUGUUCUAGGAGGCUGUGUUUUUAUUACAUACGAGGUGGUGUCCUUGGACAAGGCCAUGACCAUUGACACUAGUGCAAUUUUUCAAGAGAAGUACAAGUCUUACAUUUAUCUGAGAAGCAAUCCUACAGAUGAGAAGGAGAAUCUGGCUACAGAGUUUACACAGAAAACGAGGAGGGAACUUCACAAAGCGGCAAGGCGAUUUCUGGAACUAUCAUCUAGGCUUUUGUUGCAUUCAUUAGAUGAGCACUUCACCCAUGUAGAUGCAGACCCUCAUGAAGUAGCAUUAUGGGGCCUGCUGAAACAAACACAGUCCAUGAAUAAAGCUGUCCGACUACAGGCUGUGCAGGAGCUGGCAGAAAACCACAAUUGGCAUGACUACCAGUAUCAAACAGCAGCUCAGGUCAUAGACCAGAGAACAGCAGUGGGUCUGGCCCGUGUGCCGCAGGUGGACCUGCGGUUUUUCCUUCCUCCACCCACACUACCUGACCUGGUGGAUGGUUUGUUGCUAGAGGACGGACUGAGGCGGCUGCUGGCCUCUCUGCCCCAGUCUGAGGUGGACACAUGUGUCCAGUUCUUCACCUCACUGGCCCUCAGAGAGAGCAACCAGUCCAUGGCAGCACAGAGGGGGGGUCUUUGGUGUUUUGGUGGCAACGGGCUUUCUUAUGCCCAGAGCCUCACCUCAGUUCCCUCAGAGAGAGUGGAAUCCUUCUGUGUACAGGCACUGGUUCAGCACUCAAAGGUCCAGAGCCACUGUGACCACAUUGUUUCUCAUGGAGGCCUGCAGCUGCUCCAGAGGGUUUAUCAGCUCCGCAAAGACUCCCUGAAGAUACAAAGGAACAUCAUUCGUAUCAUCGGGAACCUGGCGCUAAAUGACAGUGUUCAUCAGGCUAUAGCCCAGUCUGGUUGGAUCUCAGUCCUGGCUGAAAUUAUGCAGUCUCCUCACAUCAUGCAGGCCUCUCACGCAGCUCGUGCUCUAGCCAACCUGGACAGAGAGACUGUAAAAGAGAAAUACCAAGACGGCAUUUACAUCCUCCAUCCACAGACUCGUAGCAAUGAGCCAAUCAAAGCAGAUGUGCUGUUCAUCCAUGGGAUUCUAGGGGCAGCUUUUAAGACAUGGAGGCAGAAAGAUCGCAAUACAUCAGAAGAAGAGAAGACAGAAAACUCAGAUUACUCAGCGUGUUGGCCCAAGUCAUGGUUGGCUGCUGACUGCCCAAAUCUCAGAAUCCUGUCAGUGGAGUACGACAGUCACCUCAGUGACUGGAUGGCCCAGUGUCCUGCUGAGAAUCAGAGGAAGUCUUUGGCCUUCAGAAGUCAAGAGCUGCUUAACAAGUUAAAGCUAGCAGGAGUCGGAGAGAGGCCUGUGGUCUGGGUCGCCCACAGUAUGGGAGGUUUACUGGUCAAGAAGAUGCUGAUCGAUGCCUCUGAGGAUCCUGACAUGCAGCAGCUUUUAAAAAACACCAAAGGCGUCAUGUUCUACAGUGUUCCCCACCACGGUACCUUCAUGGCCGAGUACUCUGUCAAUGUCAGAUAUGUUCUUUUCCCCUCCAUAGAGGUCAGAGAGCUGUGUAAAGACUCACCAGCUCUGCAGGACCUGAAUGAGAAGUUUUUGAACAUGGCCAAAGAUAGAGAAUUCAAGGUGCUGAGCUUCACAGAGACAAAGCCGACAAACAUCGGUCCAAUGAUCAAGAUGGUGGUGGUACCAACACAGUCAGCGGAUCUGGGCAUCGGAGAAAUCAUCAAAGUGGACGUGGAUCAUCUCAACAUCUGCAAGCCAGAGAAGAAGAACUCAUUCUUGUACAAACGCAGUCUUCAGUUUAUCCAAGAAGCCCUGCAGAGCUACAUCGGCCACUGACAAACACUGAGAAAACCUACUGUAUAUUUGAAAUGGGGGGAGGAACUAUUCUCUUUAACACCCAGUCCAAAGGAAAACAUAACUGCCUGUCAUUGCACUUUAAAAAACACCUUUACAUUCACCACAGUAUUAUUAAGAGAAUCAAAUCUACUCUCUACAUGAAUCUCCUUUGAGACUUCUGACCUGUGAAGGUCAGAAGUCUCAAAGGAGGAGGAGCAGUGCUUUAUGAGACACUCAUUUUUGUCUUAGUCUUUAUAAUGAACUUGUAAGUUCAUCUGAUUUUCAUUUACAUUUCAUUUUUUAAAAUCAUAACUAAUUCAACUUGUUGGUGAGGUCAUCAGCAAUAUCAGAUCUUUAUAUUAUCAUUUUAAGCAGUGAAACGUGUACGAUGCCCGUGCUGUUGGUAUUUAAAGACAACAACACUGUCAUGUUAAAAUUAUUCAUGUUUUUUUAACCAGUUUUCAUUUUUAUAUUAAUAAUUUAUAAUAACACUGUGACAGUCCUAUUGUGCCAAAUCAUGUCAUUCUGUUAUAAUUCAGCUGAAUCUGUGUAAUUGUUAGUUAGUUUUGCCAUAUUUAUUUUUUGGGGACUAAUCACACUAUAGGUAUUUUUUAAUAAGUGGAUGGAAGUCCAAACUGUAACUUAUCAUGCAGACAUUGAAUAAACCCUGUGU